CAAAGGGGGGCUCCAGCCAGGCGGUCGGAAUUAGGCACACAACCGGCGCUGCGCGCGCCUAAUCCCAAUGUGUUGACAAGAACAACCGACAAUGAUGAGGGCAAACCGAACAGCACUUCUUCGUUGCCAAUUUUCAUAACAGGUUUGACAGAUGAAUGUGCUGAACUCCAGAUCUGGUGGAGUAUGGAGUGUGAUGGAUGCCCACUUUGAGGCCAUUUGCCGAUGAACCAUCUCUCUGUGCAUGAACAGAAAUGCAAUGUGCAAUUCAGUUAUAUACAGUACAUGAAGAGAGACAUGUAUAAUUCACAUUGAAUGAUUAGACAUUCAGCUGGAUGUAAUGUUUGUUUACACUGAUAUCUAAUGCAAACCCCAAAUCAAUACAAAGGAAAUAUGAAAUGUUAUUUUGCAUAAAGAAAAUGAAGCCUACAUUUAGCACCAUUAAGAAUUUUUGCAUUGCGGCAUUAUGCUCAGGAUACUUAAAGCACAUUUUACCCCCUCGUUAAUGUAAUGCAUCCAAAUAGUAUACUUUUACUAUUCCCAUUGUUUUUAUUGAUGAUUAUCAUUACUGUAACAGUCAUUUUAUAUUAUAAUAUUUUGCUUUUGUGCAAAAAGAUUUUAAAUUGAAAUCAGCAAAAAUUAAAAGCAGUACCAAGGGAGUACUACCUUGAUGUAUAAAUACUUAAAAUGUAAAUAAAAUGUAUAUAUAUUUUGACAUUGCGGUAAUAAGAAUAUUAGAAUGACCUAUUUUUUCUGUGUUGAGUUAAUGAGAACUGGGUGGAAAAUGUGCGAAAAUGUCUUGACAAAAUGUAAAAUAGUCUUAGUGGGCCUAAAAUAGGCUUCAUGAUGUAUAUGCAAAAUAUAGUUUCUUAUUUGUUUCUUUUGAUUUUAUGGCAAAAUAGGACCAGGACAUUUUUUGACAGGUUUUGUGAAAAUCACCUUUUAAUCUGGUAAAAAAGAUUAAAAAUGCUUGGCCAGCUAUAGUGUGAGUCAUGAAGUGAACUCUUGUUCAGUAAGACCUAUUUUGUGAUGACAUACAUUUUGGAUUACAAUUCCACUAACAAAAAAAGUGCCAAAAGCACCAUGGCAUUACCAUGUGUAACAGUUAAAGGUCGGGCAAGGAGGGGGCAGGAAAUGGCUGAACAGUCAACAUAAAGUUUAAUGAUAUAAAUGAACUUAAAACAACAUAAAACAUAAUACAAACAGACACACAUGCAGCGUGGCUGCGUGCAUCUCUCUCGAACUGGCUUCUCCGGCUACCCUUUAUCUCGCUCUCCCUCUGAUCAGCUGAUUCAGCGCCGGUCAUGUACCCUCACGGCCUGGCCAUGCCCUCCUCCUCGUCACGCCAUGAUUGUUGCUUAGUAGUACCAUGGUAUUCUUUGAUUUACCUUGAAGUACCAUGUAAAUACCACUGAAUAUGAAUAUGGUAAGCAUUCAGUAGUAUCACAUUAACGUACCAUGGUAUUACCCUCUGAUACCAUCUGGUACUAAUGGUACUAUCACACUACUUUUAUGUAAGGGGAAACCCACGCUUUAUGGCUUUUUGUACAGUAGCAAAGAAAAGCAAAGCCAAAAGAUCAAGGAUAAUAUUCAACUUAGCAAGGUUAGUCACAUUGGUAUCACCCAUGUAACCUGUUUUCGCAUAUAUUUUGAAGGGCAGGGGCUAUUCAUUAGCAUCUAGACAAUGAGCAGUGAGUGGGCGGAGCCAUGAGCCAUAGGGAGAAGCAGGAGGAGGUGGGUCUCAGGGGUCCUCCCCCUUAUCGCAGCAAGCAACCUAAUGGGACCCCUCUAGAGGGAGUUCGCCCAAGAUGGAGGCCAUGCCAGCUCCACAAUCCAGAUGUAGAACGCCAAGGCCACCAUCAUCAUCACCAUCAUCACCACCAUCACCUAACCAACCAGUCUGGAUCUAGCAGAGCUCCACCACACCACCGUAGGCGGCAUAUCCCCGGUCACGCACAGCGCAGGCAGAGUGAGAGUGGAAAUACAGAAGCAAAAGCUGGCCAACAGCCUAAGCUGAGGGCGGCAAGACACGAUGAACCAAGCACUGAUAGACUGGACAAAGAUAGUUCGAACCUUUCCCAUUCAUUUGCUACACAGAUUGAUCAUUGUCCAGAUCAACCAGAUCGUACAGUGUCAUCAAUGGAACUGUUGGAGGAGAAGAUGAUGAACAAGCCUCUUUUUCAGUCUCAACGAACCCUCCCUGAGUCGCUUCGGACCUACAACACUGAACCAAAGUCCAACGCUACACAUUUUAACAUUUGUUACAUUUCCUCAAGCAAGGAAGCAGAACUUGAUAGUGGACAUCACAUUGUAGACCACCAAGAUGACCUCUCAGACUCUAGUCCUGAGGCUUGCUCUGAUUCAUACUCGCAACUAAGUCCAGAUCCUGAGUCCUACCAAGAGAUUCCAAAAGAAUUUGAUACGGAAUCACACCAACAUGAUCAAACAGAGCCUAACCCAGAGUCUGAGGAACUUCAAACCUUUGAGAACAACCAGAACAUGUCCAUGGAUGAGUAUGACAAUUGCGACCCACAGGAAGACAUCAUUCAGCGUAGUUCAGUCAGGAAGAGCUCAAGCUCGGACAGCCUUUCACAGGAAGAAUUUGAAUCUACCCAUCUUUCACCUGACUUGCAGAGAGAAACUGUGAAGAGAACUGACCGGUCUUCCACUCCAACCCUGCAUCAAACUACAGAGUCAUGCAGAGCUACAGGAGAUGCUGUGUUUUUGGCCAAUAAGGACAUUAAGGAAGCCAUCGAGGAGGUGAAGACCAAGACAGUGUGUUCACCCUACUUGCCCGACAAGCCCACAGAGCCUGUGUGGGUCAUGAGACAGGAUGUGAGCCCUGUGGAGGAGUACCACCCUCAGAUUCAACCUCAGAUCCAGUUAUAUCCACCAUCACCAUCUCAACAGUCAGAAUUUUCUCCACAGUACACGGCUCCAAUUCAAGAUUCUGUACUUUCUCUUGGAGCAGAAUCCUCUGGAGUCCAUCAUCAGGACCAGGAUGUAGACAUCAGUUCCAGUGUGUCAGAUGAAGAGCUGAGAAGAAAUCUGGCAUCUUUUCCUACAUAUGUUGAUGUUCCAGGCCCUUGUGACCCUGAGGAUUUGAUUGACGGCAUAAUUUUUGCUGCAAACUACCUGGGUUCCACUCAGCUGCUGUCAGAGAGAACGGCCACAAAGAGUGCCCGCAUGCAGCAAGCCCAGGAGGCCAUGAGCCGUGUUCGGACAGUCCAGAAACAGGCUAAAAUCAGAGAUAAGGGCACAGAGAGUGUGUCGCCAUCCAGCACUGAAGUGGACCUCUUUAUAUCAACUCAGAGGAUCAAAGUGCUCAGUGCUUACACACAGGACACCAUGAUGGACCAUCCGCUGAGGACCAUCUCGUACAUAGCUAACAUCGGGAACAUGGUUGUGCUGAUGGCUCGCAGGAAGAUGAUUCGCUCUCAGAGUGCACAGGACAAUUUAGACAUCGCCGAGACACAACACACAACCCCAGUGCACGAUGACCGACGCCAGUACAAGAUGAUCUGCCAUGUUUUCGAAUCAGAAGAUGCUCAGUUGAUUGCUCAGUCAAUUGGUCAGGCUUUCAGCAUUGUGUAUCAGGAGUUCUUGAGAGCCAAUGGCAUUGACCCAGAAGACCUGAGCCAGAGAGAGUACAGUGACCUGCUUAACACUCAGGACAUGUACAACGACGACCUCAUUCACUUCUCUAAAUCUGAAAACUGCAGAGAUGUAUAUAUAGAGAAACAGAAAGGUGAGAUUCUGGGUGUAAUGAUCGUGGAGUCGGGCUGGGGCUCCAUCCUACCCACUGUCAUUAUCGCCAGUCUAAUGCACGGCGGACAUGCAGUGAAGUCUGGAAGUCUGAACAUCGGUGAUCAGAUCAUGACCAUUAACGGUACCAGUCUGGUCGGACUGCCUCUCUCAACAUGUCAGAGCAUCAUUAAAGGGCUGAAGUCUCAAUGCAGGAUUAAGUUGAACAUUGUCAGGUGUCCUCCUGUGACUAUGGUACUCAUCCGCAGACCAGAACUCCGAUAUCAACUGGGCUUCAGUGUACAGAAUGGCAUUAUCUGUAGUCUGAUGCGAGGGGGGAUUGCAGAGAGAGGAGGAGUCCGCGUCGGUCAUCGCAUCAUUGAGAUCAACGGUCAGAGCGUUGUGGCCACACCUCAUGAGAAGAUUGUUCAUAUCCUCUCGAACGCUGUGGGAGAGAUCCAUAUGAAGACUAUGCCAGCAGCCAUGUACCGCCUGCUCACCGCCCAGGAACAACCUGUGUACAUCUAAAAAUCUGCAGGGCUACCACAUCACCUUCAUAUAUUAUGAUAAUCCAGAUUAAUUCUUUAUUUAAAUAUGAAUAUAACUGUUUACAUAUUUAACUGGAUGUAUUUAUGAUUCCAUUUGUGCAUAAACCAAACCAUUCCAUUAGCAUUUGACCUGCCUUAAACUUUAUGGGUCUGUACUGACAUGUGAAAGCCCAUUAUCAAUUCACUGGCAUCAGUUAAAUGUGUUAAUCCAAGUACCAAAGAAAACUGAAUGGUAAAUGAUUAUGUGCCAAACACACUACUGGACCUAAACUAUCACAGAAAGACGAGUGGCACUGAGCACAGAUAUAAUGUUUAUAAAGUCUUUAUUUGAUGUAACUGGCACAGAUCUGAGCUGUACGAUUGUCAACAAUGAACUAAAUGGAAGUAAAGGAAUCAAAUAACAAAA